UUCUCCGACCGAGUUUUCCUCAAACACAAAUACAAAACGACCGGUGAUUGUUGCGUUUUUAAAUUCCUCCGGUUUGGUGUGGAUUUAAGACAUUUGAUGCGUGUUCAGAGUGAAAUUCUUCCGUCGUAAUGUGGACGGGACCUUACACUUAGUUUAUUUGCCAUAGAGCAGUUUCCCUGUAGCCUACCCAAAACCUCAAGUGUGAACAGUUACCACCACAAAUACAUCAGUAUAGAGAAUCGAACCAAUCAGAACUCGAAGCAGAAACAUGCAAUCCGUGCUAAAGCGCGGGAAAACACGCGUAUGCUAAACUCGCCGGUUUUUGGAAUUUACACCUGAUUGAUUGAAAAAGAAAACAAACAAACACUAAAGCAAGCACACGUAAGAACUUAGGUUGUUUACCAUUUAAGCGGAAAAACCGUUUCGUCAAAGGUUUGUGCAAAUGGCAAGCAAAAAUACCUGGUGGUGAGUUCCGCCAGGAUUGGCCAUUUACCACUUCCUUAACAACCACGAUUUACCGACAGAGCCUAGGAUGAGUUCGACCUGAUCAUGAUCCCAGGAGGUGAAAAAUUGCAAAUGCAUGGUAAGCACACUUUCCAUUCGGAUAUUUUGGUUGGAAAGUUUGGACUAUACCUCUCAAUACUGUUCCGUUUACUUCGGAAAUGUUCCGGUAGGUCAGGCAAAAUUGCCUUCCAUUUACAUUCUGACCGAAAUUUUCGGGUAAAUGGUAAACAACUGGAGUCUCUUUGAAGCUGCUCUAUCUAUGCUUUUUUAACGAAUAGAACAGAAACAGAAAGAGUCAGGUCAAAAUAAAGCGUCGAAUGGGUUCCUUUAUUAAUCUGCCAUAAUGAAGGGAUCUAUUUUUCUACAUUGAUAAAUAAAAGCCUCAGCUGUUAUACUUAGACUGAUUUGAGUUAUCAUAAAAUCCCCGCAAAAUGGAGAGGUGUUUACUUUGGACUUUUCGAGCUCAAGGUAGCAGAUUUCGGGUGAUUCAGUGCAGCUAAGGCUAUCGUUAAUUUCAGGUAGCGUAGGCCAAACUGUUUUACAACUUCGGAACAAAUCAGUGCUAUUUUAGUAGCUGUAAGUGACUGUUAUAAUAGUCCGUCACACCUUGGGAAGCAUUGGUUCCCGGAGAUGUACGAAAGAGAAAGUUUGUAACAGAGGAGAAAGCUACAGGAACGUUGAUUUUAAAGUUCAAGUCACUGGCCAAAUGCCACAAAAUAGAGGUUUACCCCAGCUUGCGUUAUUGAAAUAAAAGUUGUUAAAACACAUGCAUUGAAACUCUGAAAUAAAUACCUAUAUAUACCAGGGCAUAUAAACUCAUCAUUAAAUUAAGCGCUACAUGACGGAAAUAGAUAAACACUCUAUAUAAAAUUCAUUAGCCAUCGUGAAAAUGCGUGAUUAAAUAUCAUUAUUAAGAGAUUCUGACAGUAGGAAGUGAAAUGUGUCAGAUAUAUGUCAGCGCUCGCGAAGUAUAUGACAAACAUUAACGUAAAUUUUAGACCAAGUGAAUCGUGAGAUUUAUAGAGGCCAGGAAAUGAUUCAGUAAAACAUUUAGGCGAGUGGCCUUGUCAUCUCUGUCUUGCAGGACAUAUUAUUACGGAUAUGGUGGGCAACAAUUUUCUCCGUCCUUUCCAUACCUCUCUUUCAAUACUGGGCUCAGUUUGAAGAUUGAUCGUAAUUGCGGAGGGCCAACAUCGAUCCGUUUAUACGCAUUCUCUACCCCCGUCCAAUCUCCGCUUCGUGAUUAAAUCAGAUGAAAUCGGUAAAACACGGGUUAAUUGACGAUGACAAGUCAAUAACGGCAGCAAUAGAGUGAAUGAUAACUGAUAACCAACUGCGCUAGUAUAUCGCAUAGGGUCACGAAAAAGUGUCAUCAUAUUGGCGCGGUUCCACGGAAUAUCGAAACGGUACGAACAUCGACGAUUGACCAAAUUCAGUGAAAAUUUGCAAAACAAUUGCGGCACUUACGAGCUAGAAACGUAGAGGAUAGGAAUAGUUUUGGCAGAUUUAUAUUUAAAUAAGCGAGAAUACUCUUCCCGUUCAGGAAUGCAAAAGAUGCAUUUCUCUAUUCCUAACCAUACAUUCGUGAUAUUUCGAGAAUGGAAGGUGACCUCAAUAAGAGACAUUGGCGGGUCCUUUGUGGCCGUGCUUGCUCUGGCAGUGCUGUACGAGUGUGUGAAAGGAAUUCACAUCAAGUCACGACAAAAGAAUUGGGAAUUAUCUGAGAAGACAUUUAAUAUCAUUGUUAAGAAGCUAAAUCUUAUCACACAGAUUGCAAAGACGUGUCUGUUUGUGGCCGAACUCUCUUUCGCCUAUUUCCUGAUGUUAAUUGCUAUGACGUACAACACGUGGCUCUUUGUGGCUGUUGUGAUUGGUCGAGGAAUGGGUUAUUACGUGGUGACGCCUCUCAUUGAAACCUACUACCGCAGAGAGGAGACUGCUGACUACAGUGACAUUCAACGGGAUUAUCUGUCAUUAAGAAGAAAGCGUUACCCAUUAAUACAGGGUGCGGACAUUUAACGAAAAGAAGAGCAAGUAGUGAAGGGUAUGGUUUUCAAGCAGUUUAGUCGGAGAUAGGGUAUAGAAAUCAAACAGUUUUGACCUAGAAUUGGGUGUAUUUUACCGGAAAAGUGGCCUGUGUAUAAAUGAUUUAGUCUAGCACAGGGUUCUUUGCCUGCGGUUCUAAUAUAAUAGAAAUUGAAACUCGAAAGUGUCUUUGUAAGAUAUUGGUUUAUUUGGCUUAUGUUGGAUUACGAUAGUACGAUAGUAGUGCAUGGAAAAUAGCUAGUCUGGGAUAAGGUAGGGGUUUUUGGUGCGUAGUCUAGAAUAGACUUGCAAAAUGAAGCUGAUCAUGGUCUAGUAAGGUAAGGGUUUCAGUGCCCAAGCGGCACAAUCUUAACCCAAUGAUUUACAUAUUACCCGCCCCCCUUCCGGAGGGGUAUCUGUAUUAAGAAACCACAAGACAGCGCCGCUGAAUUGCAUUAUAUUUUAAGUUCAAGCAUUUCCAUCUAUCGUGGGACGGUCGCUGUCGUUCAAAAAAUAUUUUUGUUUAAAUAAAUGUGAGAGGAGGAGAUGUAAUUAGUAGAUCAAAGUCCUGACUCUUCCUGCCACGGGUUAGAGAUCCGUGCUUUGUAAAUAGCCAACUUGUCAGUCUUAUCUAUGUUAUGUCCGAAUGAUAUUUGUUUCCGUAUACACGGCCUCGCAAACACAAACCGUGUAUAAAAAGUUGCUUUGGCUUUAA